AUGAGCAUGCAGGUGGAGUUCCCGUUGAUCUACCGCGACCUCCCUUCGGCAUACGGGCUUCGCGGCUACUUCCUCUGCUGCAGGGGCUGCGAGCCUGCCUGCUUCUGCCAGGAGCUCGAGGCUUUCACGCAGGUGAACCCCACGGCGGAUGGAUCAGUGGCGCUGCCACGGCGAUGCCACAAGAUGUGGCUCUUCAAGCAGCCGAUCCGGAGAUAUGAUCACUACUGCCGCUGGCUCACGAAUGCCGUGGGCCUACUGAACCAUCGAGCACCCCCUGAGUUUGUGCUCAUGCUGAUUGGCCUGCUGGUCAUCGGCACUGCUGGAACCCUCGUUGACUUCGUCCUGCUGGUCUGGACGUCUAGCGAGGGACAUCACUUUACUGGCUUCUUGCUGAUCAUGCACCUCACGUACUCGGUCAUCCUCACCCUCUUGGCUGGCCCAAUCCUGCGGCUGCAUCUUACCUUCGUCUCCAGGAACGAGCUUGCCAACGAGUACAAGCACAACUUGUUCUACAUCAUGAGGGAUGCGCCGCAGGGCAGGGGAAAGAGGGAAUCUCUGAGAGGGGGUUCGGGGAGCGGGGGCCCUAAACCCUAA